GAACCUAAAAACCGCUACACCCGGAAGUGUCUUAGGCGUGCGGGAGCCGCGCCGCCGGAGGCCGCGCCGCCAUGGGCCGCAACAAGAAGAAGAAGCGAGAUGGCGACGACCGGCGGCCGCGGCUCGUCCUCAGCUUCGACGAAGAGAAGCGGCGGGAGUACCUGACUGGCUUCCAUAAGCGCAAGGUGGAACGGAAGAAGGCAGCCAUUGAGGAGAUCAAGCAUCGGCUCAAGUUGGAGCAGAAGAAGCUCCGGGAGGAGCGCCAUCAGGAAUACUUGAAGAUGCUGGCAGAGAGAGAGGAGGCUCUGGAGGAGGCAGAUGAACUGGAGAGGCUGGUGACAGCAAAGACAGAGUCAGUGCAGUAUGACCACCCCAAUCACACAGUCACCGUGACCACCAUCAGUGACCUGGACCUCUCAGGUGCCCGGCUGCUUGGACUGCCUCCACCUGAGCAAGGGGCUGGACACAGGUCCGAGGAAGAGGCGUCCUCCAUGGAGAAGCUGACCAGAGCCUUACCCAGGAAGUCCAGAGAUCCCCUCCUGUCCCAGCGGAUCUCUGCUCUCACAGCAUCACUGCACGCACAUAGUCGCAAGAAGACCAAGAGGAAACAUCCCCGACGGGCCCAAGACUCCACCAAGAAGCCCCCGAGUGCCACUCGUACGAGCAAGACCCAGCGCCGCCGGCUGACAGGCAAAGCCCGGCACAGUGGAGAGUGAGCCCUGAGAACCAGCCAUGCCCCAGCCUGGGCCCUAAGGUCCUGUCCUGUCUCAGCCGGGCUGUCCCCAUAACCCAGUACCGAGGUGGUGACUCUAUGGCCCAGGAUUGGGAUGCUAGCACCUCUCUGGUCCAGAGCUUGGGCUCUGGAAGGGGCAGACAGGUGAGAGCUGGCUCCCCCCAGGAGGAGCCUUUAGAGCCAAAUCUGGGGCAUCUACCUAAAUGUCUGCCCCACCGAGCCAUCAUCAGAUUUGUGAAACUGAGUGGUCUGUUUGUCCCUGACCCUGCUGCCAUGUGCCAAGGACAGGCUUCUGAGACAGUAGAAACUAUUAGGGAAAUGGGUCCAUCCUCACUCUCCAGCAGUGGGUAUGAAAGUGUUAGGUCUGGGCCCCCUUUCCCAGGUUACAGAUCAACAUGACCUGUUGGGUACACUGGUAGGAACCAGAGUCAUCUCACUACUCAAGAGCAGGCUGGGAUCCCUGGGUGGCGCAGCGGUUUAGCGCCUGCCUUUGGCCCAGGGCGUGAUCCUGGAGGCGCGGAAUCGAAUUCCACGUUGGGCUCCUGGUGCAUGGAGCCUGCUUCUCCCUCUGCCUAGGUCUCUGCCUCUCCCUCUCUCUCUUUCUCUCUCUCUCUCUGUGUGACUAUCAUAAAAAAAAAAAAAAAAAAAAAAGAGCAGACUGCUGGGGCAGGUGGGUGAGCAGUGCCAGGCUCUGCUCUUUACUGGCUGAGACUUUGGGUCUGUCCCUUCUUGGCCUCAUUGGUCUUCUCAGCUGAAAUUGAAGUGGUGGAAGCAGAUGAGUUCCAGAGCAUUCCCUACCCCCCGAACUUGGGCCUCUUCCCUAGGCUUCUAGUAGCUCCUGGAAAGAGACUAAAAAAGGAGUGAUCAACCCUUUUUAAAGAAAAUGUAGGGAGAUCCCUGGGUGGCUCAGUGGUUUAGUGCCACCUUCGGCCCAGGGCGUGAUCCCGGAGACCCAGGAUCAAGUCCCGCGUUGGGCUCCCUGCAUGGAGCCGGUUUCUCCCUCUGCCUGUGUCUCUGCCUCUCUCUCUGUCUCUCAUGAAUAAAUACAUAAAAUCAAAAAAAAAAAAAAAGAAAGAAAAAAAAUGUAUCUCGACUCACCUGAAGAGUAUGACCCUUUCCAAGCAGACUCUGCAAGAGGCCAGGUGACGUUCUGCAAGGCUGCUGGUUUUUCAUGCUCUUCAGAUGUGGCUUCAGAAAACCAGUCUUUACCCUUCCUUGUCCCAGCUUGUGAGUGACCCACCUGACACGCCCCACUGUCACCUGAGCGAGCAGGGUAGAAUCCUGAGUGCAGCAGGUACAUGCACCGGCGGGGACAGCCAGGGCACCUGUUAGGGGACAUUGUCAGACACCACCAGCCCUUGCCACUUACUGCUUCCUGUGACUGAAUCAGAGCACAGGAAUCCGGGCAGUGCCCUGGUUAGGAGACCACGUUGUGCCCUAACACUAGUACUGCAAGGGGAGUAGAUGUGCCUUCAGCCCCAGCAGAGCCCCAGCAGAGCUCAGGAUCAGUGAGAGGUGGACAAGGUGACGGGGGAAUGCAGUGACAGGAGCAGUGACGAGCACAGGUGCAAGUUCCAGCUGGCCCCGGGGUGUGGGAGGAUCUGGCGGGAGGGAGCUGAAGUCCCAAGCAGGUCUUGCUUUGGCUCAGCCCACAGAGAGCUGCCAUUGGGCAGGCUCAGGAACAGAGGCUCCGUUAGGCUGUGUCUGGGGGUGACUGGCGUGCCCCAUAUCACCAUCGAGACCCACCAUCUGGUGCCUCUCUGAAGGCCACCCCUGGACUGGCAGCUCAGGGCAUAUGGCUGGGAGGUGCUGUGACCUGGCUCUUUAGCUCCUUCCACUGCUCUUCCUGCUGCCUUCCUGUUAUUGGG